GAUCGCACAACUCACGCACACACGCACACACGCACGCACACACGCACGCACACACACACACACACACGCACACACACGCACACACGCGCGCGCGCGCGCGCACACACACACACACAUACACACACACACGCACACACACGCGCGCGCACACACACACACACACUGUCACACACCACUGUGAUGGUGGAAGAUGACGCACCAACACCACCAACACCACCAACACCAGCACCACCAGCACCACCACCACCACCAGCCCCAACCUGCACUGCCAUCGAAGCAGGCUUCGUCGCCACCCUUGCUGCGCGUGUAUGAGGACUGCCUGGACGCGGCAGGGUAUGGCAGGUUUCAGCUCGUCCUCCUGUUCCUGUGCGGCGCAACCCUCUUCGCAGAUGCCACAGAGCUCAUGCUCCUCCCCUUCCUCCAGCACAAACUGCAAGCGCCGCCCAACACCCACGCGUACGAGCACACCGGCCCGGGUACCCGCGACACUCAUGAUGUCACCCACGACACGGCCCUCGUCUCCUUCUGGGUCUUCAUCGGCAUGCUCGUUGGCGCGCUUGUCUCCGGACCACUGGCAGAUGUCUACGGCCGCCGCGCCGCCACCAUCUUCUUCACGCUGGUCGUUGCUGUUGCUGGGCUUGCCUCUGUCGCUGCCGCCUCCUCCUUCCAGCAGCUCGUGCUCAUGCGCUGCUGCACGGGUUUUGGCGUGGCCGGCACCCCUGCCGCCCUCACCCUCUACACAGAGCUCACCCCGCGCGCCCAUCGCGGCCGCCACCUCAUCUACUUCAUGCUCUUCUUCUCCGUGGGCGCCACCGUUGAGGCCCUCCUGGCGUGGUCCGUGCACACCAUGGGCGUGCGCGCCCUACUCGCUGUCUCGGCUGUCCCGGCCGUCAUCGCAUCGGUUGCUGUCCUCCUCUUCCUUCCGGAGUCACCGCGCUACCUCAUCCUGCGGGGCCGCGUGACCCGUGCAUCGGACAUCCUCACCACCGUCGCCGCCAGCAACCACACCCUGCAUCGCACGCAGCCCCAUAUUCGCCGUCUCCUGCACCACUGGCAUACCGACCGCGAUGGCACCUCGCGCGGGGACAGGUGCCAUGCUUUUGCGUCCACCACUACAGACGCCGAUGUCUCUCCCACCACAGACGCUAAUGUUUCUCCUAGCACCACAGACGCUGACGUCGCACCGACCACCAACAGCAACACCAGCACGAACAACAGCAAGGGCGACAACAACACGAACAACAGCAAGGGCGACAACAACACUACCACCACCACCACCACCACAUCUGAUAUCACCACACAUAGCACAUUGCCAUCGUCCGUUGGCUCUGUGCUCUCGCUGUAUGCGCAUACGCUGCUGAGGCAGCUGCACCGCGAUGCCGCAUUCGCGCGCCGCAUCGUGGUCUUCGCCACAGAGUUCUUUCUCAUGGCCUUUGUGUACUACUUCCUGGUCAUGUUCAGCGUCACCUACACCACCCUCGGCGCGUCGCACAUGUCUGCGAGCGCGUAUGUGAGCGUUGCUCUGGCCAACCUGGCGGAGAUACCGGGCCUCCUCAUUGCCAUGCGCUUGCUCGACACGGUUGGCCGCAUCAACACCAUCACCAUCAUGUUCUUCGUCUGCGCUGCCGGCACCCUGCUGCUGGCGUGGACCCCGCUGCCCCACAGCAGCACCACGACCACGACUACGACCACCACGACCAACACCAGCAGCAGUGAUAGCGCGAUGCCGCCCGUGGUGUGGCAGGUGGUACGCGACGGUCUCAUGUUUGUGAUGCGCGCCAGUGCGCUUGGCUUCAACCAGUCGCUGUGGAUCUUCACCACAGAGUCGUUCCCCACCAGCCUGCGCGCGUCCUCCCUGGGGUUCACCACGGCCUUUGCGCGGGUGGGCGGGGCGCUCAGCCCCUUUGUUGUUGGGCGCAUGUACGUUGCUGCGCCGACGGCCACCAUGUAUCUUGUUGCCGCAACUGCUGCCCUUGCUGGCAUUCUUAUCCGCAAGGUUGGAGAAGACACUGCUGCCAAAGGGCUGGUUGAGAGCGCGCAAGAUGGGCCACAGGAUGGUGUACAGGAUGCAUGAGGUGUCAGCGGCGUUCUGUUACGGCCGCUCGUAUGCUGCAGGUGCGUUGAGCGCGGCAGCGCCAACACGCGCGCACACACUCCACACUAACCACGUUAUUGUAUGCUAUGCUAAGCUAAGCUAAGCUAAGUGAACCGGCUAGUCAUCGCCACCACACGC